AUGAUAUCCCAGGAGCACACCGGCAUGUGGAUGGUGUGCCAGUUCUUCUUGCGGAACAUGCUUCCCCCGGACUAUGUGUGGUUCGUUUCCGCCUUCGGAAACUGGGUGGAUGGAGUGGCUGACGCGGUGGCAGAAACACCUGAAUACGACCUUCGUUGUCAGCAAUUUGGCAAUGGACAGGGUGCAUGUGAUGUGCUGUGGACUGGAUAUUUCUACGAUUCGCUUUGGCACUUGGCCGGUAUAUUUCACUCCUACCUGAUCGAGCAGAACAAGCCCCUUUCAUCACUCGGGUCUCCUGAGUCCCUUGAGGGCUUGUUCAACUUGUCUGUGCACGUCGAUUACCUGGGUUUGACAGGCCGGGUGCGGCAGUUCAACAGUAUUGAGCCGACCACGGAGCCACCUUCCUACGGUGACCGUGAUGGCGUACAGCUCGUGCGGCAAAUCCAACGGGGACGUGGGAAUGAAUUCGUCGAGCUGGCGCUCCGCACCAGUGAUGGCAUUGCCUGGUAUACGGAUUUGAUAUGGAGCCCAAGUGACAGCAGCAAGAGAGUGCCUUGCAGCAGUGGGACAUGUAACAUGGCCGCUGCGUGGGUUCCUUCCGACCGUAUCAGCGAAUGCUUCCCCGGGACCGUGUUCUCCGUUGAGCUCGGUUGCGUCUCUUGUGAAGCUGGAAGAUUUGCUUCAGUCGGCAUGUUAGAGUGUGAGCCAUGCAACGUCGGCACCUUUGCCAACGAGAGCAGAAUGGAUAGCUGUCGUCCAUGCAGCGCCGGAAGCUUCAGCAACGUCCUAGGCGCGGACAGCUGCGAGACAUGCACCCCAGGGUUCUACGCAAAUGAGAGCUCCUUGACAUCUUGUGACACGUGCCCCGCCGGCCGUUAUGGGCCCCAGGGAGGCCUGGCAGAAUGUGAAGAGUGUCCAUCUGGAAGGACCACUGCAUUUGCUGGGGCCAUUACGCAGGAUGCAUGCCAGUGCCAAGGGGAGCUGUAUCAGGGAAGGUGCGUAGUAUGUGUCGGUGACACUCGCUACGAAGAGGGCCAAUGCAUCGCAUGUGGACAGGGGUUGAUUUGCAAUGGCAGUCGCACUGCAGAUAUCGAAGCCGGAUACUUUAGCGAGGCUACCGCUCCCUUCAGUGUCUACAAGUGCCUUCCGCCCGAUUUGUGCCCUGGUGGUUUGCCGGGAACCUGUGCUGACGAGCUCGAGGGCGUUCCCUGCACUCACUGCCCAGAUGGUAAAGCCUGGGACAAUGUCGAAGGCUGCACAGAAUGCACGCCACUGAGCAUUUUCGGCUGGAUCACCGCCGCCUUGUUUGCGCUGAUUUCUGUGCCGAUGCUCUACUACAUGAUGAACAUGAAGCAAACCGCCAAAGCCACAACGAUGCUUGCAACCUCGUGUGCGUUGGCCAUGACCAUCAGCAUGAUCCAGAACGUGGGAAUUGUGGGCUACAUUUCCUUCUCCUGGCCGUCAGAGCUGCAGUGGAUGUUUGACCUCAUGAGCAUCUUCACUCUGGAUCUUCAGGCGGUUGGCUUCGAUUGCCUUUCAAGCUCACCUGUCUACAGUUACAUGAUGACCUCGGCCAUGUUGCCCUGCUCCUUGAUCUGGCUGCUGAUUUGCUUCUUCUUGAGCAAGCUGCUGCCAUCGCCGUGGCGUUUCGAGAGCGGCAAGCUCGUGUCGACCAUGGGCCAGUUUAUGCAGGUGAGCUUCACGAUCUACAGCAAGAUCGCUUUGUCGCCCAUGAUGUGCUACACCCACCCCAAUGGAAAGAGCGGCAUGCUUGAGCACAAUGGCAUCUUCUGCUUCGAGAGUGAAGAACACACGCCCAUGUUCCUUAUCGGCAUCCUCCUCCUGGCUGGAAUGGAUCAUUUUCUAUGCUAUGGCCAUCUGGGCCACAGUUGUGGCACCGCGGAAAGCAGCCUCCGAGAAUGUUUGGUUUCUGGCAGCGACGCGGUUCCUUCUCUUCCGCUUCCGCACAGAUAUUUGGUGGUUUGGAACAUUCAUGCUGCCGCGAGGCUUCAUGCUCUCGCUCUCCAUCGUUAUGGCGGGCGACAGUCCCUACGUCCAGAUGCUGCUCAUUGUGUCCGUCAUGCUGACCUACAUGGUGGUACAGCUGAUCUCAUGGCCUUGGAAGCUACCAGCACUAAAUGCCUUCGACGCUGUCAUCAGCGUCGCACUGAUUCUCAU